AUGGCGAAGCAGGGCUCCUUGGCCAUAGCAAGUACUGCAGAAGAUCGUGUUGAAGCCAAGAUCACACCAAUUGUCAUCUUUUCAUGUGUACUGGCUGCUACUGGAGGCCUCAUGUUUGGUUAUGAGGUUGCCAUUUCUGGAGGUGUGACAGCCAUGCCAGAUUUCUUGAAAAAGUUCUACCCUGAUGUCUACGCUAGCACUCAGAAACUGAAUAUCAAUAGCAAUUAUUGCAAAUACAACAACCAAAGCUUGCAAUUGUUCACAUCUUUGCUGUAUCUUGCUGCUCUGGUGGCAACCUUCUUCGCAUCAUACACUACCAAAAGGCUAGGUCGAAAGAAAACCAUGUUAAUUGCUGGGGUUUUCUUUAUAGUUGGUACAGUCCUAAACGCUUCGUUUAAUCACCUUUCCGUGGUCAUCCUGGGGAGGGUCUUGCUUGGUUGUGGAGUUGGUUUCGGCAAUCAGGUUGUCCCACUUUUCCUUUCGGAGAUAGCCCCAACAAGAAUACGCGGAGGACUCAACAUACUUUUCCAGCUUAAUGCAACCAUUGGAAUUCUUUUGGCAACCCUUGUCAAUUAUGGUGCUGCUAAAAUUAAAGGGGGAUGGGGUUGGAGGCUAUCACUGGGUCUGGCAGGUGUUCCUGCACUUAUGCUAACCUUGGGGUCCCUCAUUGUGGUAGACACUCCUAACAGUUUGAUACAACGCGGUAAAUUGGAUGAAGGAAGAUCAGUGCUUAAAAAGAUCAGGGGAACAGAAAAUAUUGAAACAGAGUUUGCGGAGAUAGUAGAGGCAAGUCGUGUAGCAGAAGAGAUAAAGCACCCCUUUAGGAAUCUCCUUAAGCGUAAAAAUCGCCCCCCACUGAUCAUUGCAAUAGCAAUGCAGAUCUUCCAGCAAUUCACAGGCAUCAAUGCAAUUUUUUUCUACGCUCCCAUUUUGUUCGCGAGCAUGGGUUUUGGCAACAAUGCCUCCCUUUACGCCGCAGUUAUAACAGGAGCUGUCAAUGUUCUUGCCACAAUUGUAUCUGUCUUCUUGGUUGACAAAGUUGGGCGUCGAAUGCUCUUAUUGGAAGCUGGCAUCCAAAUGUUCCUUUCUCAAAUAGUCGUUGCAAUUGUGCUAGCCUUGAAGGUAAAGGACCACUCUAAUAAUUUAUCUUAUGGUUUGUCAAUUCUGGUGGUGGUCAUGGUGUGUACUUUCGUCUCCGCCUUCGCAUGGUCUUGGGGACCCAUCGGAUGGUUGAUCCCUAGUGAGACAUUUCCAUUGGAGGCUCGGUCAGCAGGGCAAAGUGUGACAGUUUGUGUCAACAUGCUCUGCUGUUUUGUUAUAGGACAAGUCUUCCUCUUAAUGCUUUGCAGCUUGAAGUAUGCCAUCUUCUUGUUCUUCUCUGCUUGGGUCUUGGUCAUGUCACUCUUUGUGCUAUUUCUAAUUCCCGAGACCAAAAAUGUGCCUAUUGAAGAAAUGACAGAGAGAGUGUGGAAGAAACAUUGGUUUUGGAAGAGAUAUAUGGAUGACCACUAUGAGGGUGAUGGAGUUAAAUAA